ACAGCAAUCGAUAUAUGACUUCAAUCAUUCAGUCAGUGCCACAUCAAAGUGAAGGCAAUCCUGAUGCCAAAAUUCCAAUGCCGGAUGCAGAAAUGUCUACCAAAUGGAAUGAUUCUGUUGAUGAUCACAGAGUAAAUGAACAUCACCCAUAUAAUGAAAAAAAUGUUGAAAAAGUCUCUAGGACACACAUUCCAAAUGACGAUCAUGAUAAAUGUGCCCAAACUCAAAUUAAUGGUAAUGCCUUGGACAUCUUUUCAAAAGAAGACGAUGGAAAAUUUGAAAGCCAUGCAUACCUUUUUAAUGAACUUUCACUUUCUGUGUUAGAACCUGCAGAUAAAGAUAUAGCAAGGAGUACAGAGUCAUCUGUGAACGGUACUUCAUCAGAGCUGAAAGGAAACAUAUGUGAAGGUGAUGAAACCGGGAAUACCAUCUCGUUAGAAUCGGUACAGAAUCAAUGUCAAGACAGUGAAUGUAAUACAAUCACGGAUAAGGGAUAUUUGGAAACUUGCAAAGAAGAUGAGGGAGAAGAGACGCGAGCUCAUAGUGAAGUUUCUUAUGAUGGUGAUGGGAAACACAGUUCAAAUAUUAACAGUACAAACAUUGGACAGAUAAGUACCACAGAGGUUCUUGGGACAGAAAAAGGGCCAGUCGUGGGUGAAGGAGAUGAUAUCGAAGAAACACAUAUUGCGGGUACAAAGAACCUUUCACGCGAACCACAGUCUUUAAGAAGUGAAAAAGAGGUUGCAUAUGUAGAGGACAAAACAGGCACUUAUCAGGGAGAAGAGACGCAAGCUCAUCGUGAAGUUUCUUAUGAUGGUGAUAGGAAGCACAGUUCCAGUAUUAACACUACAAAAAGUGGACAGAUAAGUACCACAGAGCUUCUAGGGACGACAAAAAUAGAGUUAAUCGUGGGUGAAGGAGAUGAUAUCGAAGAAACAAAUACUGAGAAUGAGGGAGAAGAGACGCAGGCUCAUCGUGAAGUUUCUUAUGAUGAUGAUAGGAAGCACAGUUCCAGUAUAAACAGUAUAAGAAUUAGACAGAUAAGUACCACAGAGCUUCUAGGGACGACACAAAUAGAGGCAGUCGUUGGAGAAGGAGAUGAUAUCGAAGAAACACAUACUGAGAAUGUGGGAGAAGAGACGCAAGCUCAUGGUGAAGUUUCUUAUGCUGUUGAUAAGAAGCACAGUUCCAGUAUUAACACUACAAACAUGAUACGUACUACAGAGCUUCUAGGGACGACAAAAAUAGAGUCAGCCGUGGGUGAAGGAAAUGAUAUCGAAGAAACACAUACUGAGAAUGAGGGAGAAGAGACGCAAGCUCAUAGUGAAGUUUCUUAUGCUGUUGAUAGGAAGCACAGUUCCAGUAUUAACAGUACAAAAAUUGGACAGAUAUAUACCACAGAGCGUCUAGGGACGACAAAGAUAGAGUCAGUCGUGGGUGAAGUGGAUGAUAUCGAAGAAAUACAUAUUGCAGCAGUGUGUCAAGCAGCUGAAUUAAAAGUUAAGCUGCGAUCAUCCAAUGAAGACUUGGAAUGUCCUUUUGUGCAAGAAGCAAACACAACAGAUGAAAGAGGCGUUUCUGAUGGAAAUUGUAUUCCACAAGCUUCGGAUGGGAACUCGUCAGAAUGUAGAAGUAGGGUUGUGUCUCCGAGACCUUUGGAAAGUGAUAUCAAUAAGUCAAAUGAAUCUCGAGACGAGAUACCUCGAACCGUUCAUAGGGAAAUCGACAGAAAGGACAGGAGGACAGGUGCGGUCUCAGUGGGUGUAGAAGAGACUAAGAACCUGGAAAAAUCACACUUGGUAAUAGAUAAUUCCACUACAAUGACAGGCUAUGAAAACAAAAUCGAUCAUCCUGAAGAGAACUGCAUCUACCAGUGCAAGCUGUGUAAAGAAGCCCCAUUUCCAGAAAAAUCCAGAGUGAUUCAACACUUGAAAAGUUCUCACUUCGGAUAUUGCUAUGUAUGCUUAUGUGGACGAGAGUUUGCUACAAAAGGGGCUCCACAUACAUGCCGGAAAGAUAAAAAACAGUUCGAGGCUUUUAAUACAAAAAGUAAACUUAAAGGAAAACAGGCCGAGGAUGAAGCCUACAAAUAUGAGAAGGAAAUGGCAGAAAAAUACAUAGAAGUGAUACAUCGCAAAACACGAAAAGUAAAAAAGUCAAAUGAAAACCUAAAUGCUACUAGAAAAGAUACUGAACACAGAAAGUUAAACGAAAUUAGAGGAAAGAAGAAAACACAGAAACAAUUGAAACCGGCUCAAACGAAAACAGUUAAUGAAUGUAACGGCUUAAAAAGAAAAUCAAAAUGUCUUAAAAAGAAUGACAGCCAGGAAGAAGAUACGUUUAUUGGUAAAAAGAACAAAAGAAUAAGAGAACACGCAUUACUGGAACGCGCCAAUGAAAUAAACCCAGAAACGAAACCUUCUCCUGAUCCUAAGGAAGAUACUAUGUCAGACACUCGUGACGUAGAAAUGUCACCUGUAUCAGUUCGUAUCAGUGAUGAACAACUAGUUCCAGAGGAGGAGCAAUCCAAGAAUCUAAAUGUAGCAGAUAAUGUAAAACUUGUUCAGAAACACCAAGAGGGAUAUAUCCAACUGAAUGUUGGCGGAACUGUCUUUCAAACUUCGAAAGUUACGCUUUUGAAUAAUGGCUAUUCAGUUUUAUCGGAAAUGAUGCAACAAAACUCACCGGUUCGAAUUCAGAAUAAAUGUAUAUUUAUUGACAGAGAUCCUGAGCAUUUUAGGUUUAUCUUAAACUUCUUGAGAAAUAAAUGCGAAAUUCCACAAGAAAUAUAUCCAACAGAGAGGGUUGUCUUACAAGAACUCCUUCUCGAGGCUAAGUUCUACAAUAUAGAAAAACUAAUAACAGAACUGAACAAAAUCUUGGAAGAUUAAUAAAAUCUGUAAAAAGAUCUUUGGAACCAAUUUAAUGUAGUUCUGUCUGUUUGAAACAAACAUUGUUCUACAAUGUAGAAAUUUUUUAAACCAUAUGUUUUCAAAGAAUCGCUGUAUCCGAAGGAAUUUCAGCCAAUAAAUAAAUAUGGUCGUGUGCUUGAUUUUUUGUAAGACCAGUUUGAAUAUUCAUCACUAUUAUGUGUUCGAAAUUUAGAAGUAUAUUCACACUUGGUGGAAGUAAACAUCUCUGAAUAAAUCUUUAAACAUAUGUGUCAUAGAAUGAGAAAAAAUGUAAGUUUUAGCUACAUGUAAAGUAUGUAUGCCAUUUUACUUUUAUAUAAAAUCUGUUUUUAUUGAAAGCAGUAAUAAAUCAUAAGACCAAAUCGUACAAGUAAUAAAAGCAUUAAUCGAAACGAAAUAUUAAGAAGAUAAUGAUGUACAAGUAUCUUAAUGUUAUUUCUUUAUUUAUCUUUUAUUGCUGUCUUACUAUCCAAAUAUUUUUUUAAACUAAUUGUCAAACUGUUUAGAAUAUUUAAUAGCUAGUUGAUCAGAUGUUCACACUGUACAAAAGCCUAAAUACUAUACAUGUUUAUAUAUUGCAUCUGUUAAGAAACGGUUGAAGUCUGUUUUCGUGACAUCGAGACGGGCCUUUGAUCGUGAAGUUCAAAGAAGUAAACGGGCAUAUUGGGUCUCUGUCCAAACAGAACUUUUAUAUGAAUGUGAAAAUAAUCAACAAAAGUUCUGGAAAUCCAUAGGCAAAAUAGGUAUUGCUCAAAAUAAAAGGAAACCAGUACCAAUGGAAGUUAUAGAUAAUGAUGGUUUAGUAUCUAAUAAUGUUGAUACAGUUUUAAAGAAGUUGAAACAAGAAUUUAGUAGUUUAUUUUAUCAAGAAAUAAUGGAGCACAUAACGUUUUGAAUCCGCAAUGUAAUAAUUCUACAUUAUUUGUAGGAAUAGGAUUGAAAAUGAAAUACAUGUUUUAUUUCACUGUAAUGCCUAUCAAAGUUUCCAGACUGACCUACGUACCAAAGCCUGUGAAGUUAUUAGUAAUUAUAAUAACCUAGGUGAUGAAGAAAAAAUGGUAUUUUACUAUCUGAUGAUGACAUGAUAAAAAUAAGUGCCAAAACCUGUUAUAUGAUUUUAAAAACCAGAAACAACAUGCUGUAUAGUUAAUGCACCAUAAAGCAUCAGUAUAUGUUAAUUUCUAUUACUGAAGAUUUAUAUCCAAUUUUGAAAAUUUCAAUUAUUAACUGAUCUAGCGAAUUAUUUAAAGUCCUUUAAAAUUUUGCAUGUAGGAUAGCAAAUGAUUGUAUGUGUUCAGAGUGGAACUUGGUAUGUCAUGUUAGGGGCUGAUGUGGCACGGUCAUUGCGGGCUUUGCCGUUCAUGGCAGUGUUGUUCUUUCUCUGGUGGAUGGGAUUGGGUCUUGCACUGAACUGUACAAUUAUUCAUUAAAUCUUAAUUUGAUGCUUUGUGGUUCAUGUUAGUUAAUUUUAACAGUAAUAUAUCUAUAAUGUGAUAUAUACCAAUUUUAUAGUUAAGCUACAUUAGUAAUGCAAUAAAUUGUUUAAACCAUGUUUGUUGCAAUCUUAUAAGAUUAAAUGUUGUAAAAGUAUGUUUUAACGAGAGGCUGGUAUUAAUCAAUUUACAACAGAUCUGAUCUGUUUUUAAACCGUUUUUUACCAGAUACAAGUUAGUGUUGUUUUGGCCUAUCAAUAUUUUAGGUAACUGAAUCGUUUUAUGGCAGUUUUUAGGCCAAUGAAAGGCCCAGAUUAAUGCCAGCUUCUCGGUUUUUACACAUAGUUUUUAGCUCGACUCUUCGAAGAAAAUGUAGAGCUAUUGCACUCACAUCAGUGUUGGCAUACUUGUUGGCACUGUCGUUGGUUAAAGAUCUUGAUAAAUAUCUCUGUUACUAUCAAAACUUUUGACUUAGAACUUACAAUUAUAUAGUUACUAUCUAUCAGUCUGCACCAGGAGAGACAAUUCUCAUAGUUAUGAUUUGAAUUUUGAAAGAUUUAUGCCCCUUUUUAAGUUUUUUAUAAAGUCAAGUAUCUUUGUUGCUAUCAAAGCUUUUGACUUAGAACUUCUUUUUUUUCUACAAUCAAAACCUACCCAAUGAAAAACAAUCCCCACAACUCUGAUUUCAGUGUUGACAGAGUUAUGCCGCUUUUUUAACUUAGAUUUUUCUUUUCCUCUUAUAUAAUGUCCAAGAUCUCUGUUGCUAUCAAAGCUAUUGAAUUGAAAAUUAAAUACUUGUUUACUGUUAAAGGUGACACCAUACGAAACAAUUCCCAUAGUUCUGAUUAGAAAUUUGAGAGAUUUAUGCACCGUUUACUGGCAAAGUUCUUAUUCAGGGGCAAGCACUGAGAAAAGUCGAGUGUGCUGUCUUACGGACAGCCCUUUUUAUUCAUGAAUCUUAGCUGUAACUUAUUUGAAUAUUUUAUAUGAUAUGUACAGAAAUUAUAAUACAUUUGCAGUCUCUUAUAAUUCUGUAAUAGAAUGGUCUUGCAAUAGUUUGUUUGUAAAUGUACACUGUAAUUAUAUGUUGUAUGCAAGAAUGAGACGUAAAUAAAGAUAUAAAAAAUAUUUAACUAGUUCAAACAAGCGAAACAUUUCAAUGAUAAGGAGGUAAGGAGAAAAUAUGCUCAGCUUUUGAAAGUGUUCUAUACCUAAACCUUUGGAUAAUGUAAGCCAUAGCCAAGAUCUCUUAGCUUUAUAAGAAGGACAAAACAAAAUGUGCAUGCUUACUAAUGUCAAUAGUUACUAGAUCACUUUUCUUGCAUUUCAUUUCGAAUUUUUUAAAAACAAAAUGGCACAUCAUGCACUCGGCCUGCUGAUAUAUGUAACUACCGCUGAAAUGUAACAAGUUCAACAACCGAAUGAACUAGCAUGAACUGAUUCAAACUUCUUUCAGAAAGAGUAUACGAUUUUUCCAACCAAAAUUUUGAACUGAUUGCUGAUUUGACAUUUCUUUUCCGGACACAAAUAUUUGGAAAUGUUCCUGUGCGAUAAAAAAUAUACUAUAUGAUGUGUCAUUUAUGUUUAAUGUAUGUAUGUAAAUAUGUCUAUAUAUUUAAUCAAAUCCAUGAUAAACUCUACUUCAAACAUUUCGCUUUUAAAGGGAAUGAAAACUGACAAUGCAUUGUAAUUCUUUCCUUUUCUCAUGGUGUAAUGCUUGGAGUACGAAGUUACUUCAUACUGUUGCAAAUGUUCUCAGGUUUAUUGAUACUUAAAUACUACGCUAGAUUCUGAAAAAAACACUACGGAAUCCUGUUCGUGCCACUUUAAUUCUCGCCUCACCAA